UGGAGCAGUGUGGUGGUGGUGUCACAGGUACUGCUAGUGGUGACGGUAUCGCUGGCUCCCUCCCGUCACACCCUGCACCUCCUCGCCCCGUCACACUUCAACAGUGAGCCAAGACGACCUUACUAUGCCUCGUUACUCUCACCUGCACCUCCUCAAUCUCCUACCUCGUCUUCUACUGCUGCGUGCCCUCUGGUUGUACCCCUGGUGGUACUCGAAAUCAACCUGAGGGUGCGGUGGAGGGACAAGAGGUUACUUCCCCCGCCCUCCCUGCCCCCCGACGACUACCUCCCCCUUGAUCCCGCCUUCCUGGGCCGCCUCUGGGUGCCUGAUCUCUAUAUUGCACACAGCGAGGGGGGCGUGACUCCCUCCCUCCUGACGCAGAUCGCCUCUGUCUGGAUUUACGGAAAUGCUACCGUGGAUUACUCCGGCAAUAUGUUCGUGCGUGUGUCUUGCUCAAUGAAUUACAACUGGUUCCCACGUGACCAUCAAAUUUGCCUUAUUAACAUGCAGAGUUACGCCUACACGCUAGCCAGGAACGAGUACAUCUGGAUGUCUCCUGGACUGGAAGUGGGGCGCACAAUUUCCAGCGAGCAGUUUCUCGUGAGGCUGGAAAAGGUUGAUGCGCUAAGCAAGGUGGAGGAUUCUUACGGUGCCUACCCAGCCCUGGCCUUCCGCAUCCACCUGACGCGGCGCCUGUCCUCCGUCCUUCUCCAGCUGUACCUUCCCUCCGCCCUUUUCGUGGUGGUGUCCUUCGUAUCCUUCCUGGUGCCCCCCGACGCCAUCCCAGGCCGCAUCACCCUCUGCAUCACCACCAUCCUCACCAUGUCUACUCUGCUCGGCGUGGCUAUGCAGUCCACGCCCCGGGUGAGCUACGUGCGCGCCAUCGACGUGUGGCUGCUGUCCUGCCUCACCUUCGUCAGCCUCGUGCUGCUGGAGUUCGGCGCCGUCAUCAAACUACAACAGCUGGGGAAGAGACAGGGCAGUCACACCACUAGCGCCCCUAACACCGCUAGCAUCACCAACACCACGGCCACGGCCACCACCACCACCACCACCACCAGCCCCGCCAAGGCAAAGCCGCGGCUCUUUUCCAGCAGGUUAGUCCACCCGCAGCAAGAGACACCACCUCCGUCCCCUGCCGCGCCCUCCUGUGGCCACCUGAUGAGGGCGCGGCAGGUGGAGUGCGUGUCGGCCUAUGUCUUCCCCGGGGCCUUCCUACUGUUCAACGUGGGGUACUGGUGGUGGUUCCUGAAGGGGUCACAGGCGGCGGUUCCCCAGUUCGUGCAGACAGUGGCGUCGUGAGGGAGUGAAGGGACGAAUGGUGUUGGUGGUAACGGUGGUGAUGGUGGUGGUGUUGCUACUGUGACUACUGGUGUUAUGACUAUUACUAUUACUACGACUAUUUGCUACGUACGACUCUCUCUCUCUCUCUCUCUCUCUCUCUCUCUCUCUCUCUCUCUCUCUCUCUCUCUCUCUCUCUAAGACGAAGAAGGAGGAAAAUAAAGGAACACAAAGGAAGAACACAACAGCAGACCUGUCGUUCCCCUACAAUUUGCCAUUCACUAUCUAAGCUCAAGUAAGAGAUGCGGGAUAGUAAAGAUGAAGGCUUCUCCCCUCCCAUAGUCACCACCACCACCACCACCACCACCACUUCAGUUAGAUCAUCUUCCUCUGACGAUGAUGCUAAAGAAGAAGAAGGGGAGGAGGAGGAGGAGGAGGAAGAAAAACGAAAAGAAGAAGAAGAAGAAGAAGAAGAAGAAGAAGAAGAAGAAGAAGAAGAAGAAACAACCACCACCACCGCCACCACUUCGAUCUCGCCACCCCUACCUCUCUCUCUCUCUCUCUCUCUCUCUCUCUCUCUCUCUCUCUCUCUCUCUCUCUCUCUCUCUCU